AUGGCAAACUACCUCGCGUCCAUCUUUGGCACAGAACAAGACAAAGUCAACUGCUCUUUCUACUACAAGAUCGGGGCUUGUCGACACGGCGACCGCUGCUCACGCAAGCAUGUCAAGCCCUCAUACUCACAAACCAUCCUCCUCCCCAACCUCUACCAGAAUCCCGCAUACGAUCCCAAAAACAAGAUGAACGCCUCUCAACUGCAGAAUCACUUUGACGCCUUCUAUGAAGACUUCUGGUGCGAGAUGUGCAAGUACGGCGAGGUCGAGGAAGUCGUCGUGUGCGACAAUAACAAUGACCACCUAAUCGGCAAUGUCUAUGCGCGGUUCAAAUAUGAAGACUCGGCACAAGCAGCCUGCGAUGCGCUCAACAGCAGAUGGUACGCCGCGCGUCCUAUCUACUGCGAGCUGUCCCCUGUCACAGACUUCCGGGAGGCGUGUUGCAGGUUGAACUCCGGCGAGGGAUGCGUCCGCGGUGGAUUCUGCAAUUUCAUCCACAGAAAAGAACCGAGCCCCGAGCUGGAGAGGGAGUUGGAGCUGAGCACGAAGAAGUGGCUGAAGAUGAGGGGCCGCGACGAAAGGAGCGUGACGAGGAGUCCCAGUCCCGAGCCGACGAGAAAGCGAUAUUGA